CUACUUUCUCUCCUCUCUGCCGCUCGCUGCUGCUGACAAGCCCGCAGAGGAUGGUGGAGGCAGCCUGCGAAGCUCGCGGAUGGCCAAGCGCUUCGAGUGGACUUUUGCGGUCAGAACCGAGCCAGGCGGCGUGUCCCCCCCUAAUAAAUGCGUCGUAAUAACUUGUUAUGUAAUUGAACGCUUUUGGCGACGCAGCCAUACAAACGCAUACAAACCCCCCGAAAGACCCACAUCGGUGCCGCUCUUUUAGGCGUGGAUGUUUGUUUUCUGUCGGACUCCCUUUUUCCUUUCAAGGAGUUGCCGUUUGUUCGUACGCUAAUGUGCGCUAGUUUUAUCUGAGGGUGCGCUCAGAUGAGGUCACUACAAACGGGACUUACGAGACUCGAGAGAGAGUCUGGAUGGGAAAGAGCGUGAGUAUGGACAACCUUUCUGACUUCGGCGGACCCUGUCCUUCCAGCCGCAGGGAAUGGGAUACCAGCAGCUGCGUGGACGAUUUAAUGGAUGAAGAUGAAAAAGACAGGGCAAAAAGGGCAUCCCGAAACAAAUCAGAAAAGAAGAGAAGAGACCAGUUCAAUGUGCUCAUCAAGGAGUUAUGCACCAUGCUGCAGGGCCAAGGCCAUCCUCGCAAGAUGGACAAGUCCACCAUACUACAAAGAACCAUUGACUUCUUGCAGAAACAAAAAGACAUCAGUGUACAGAAUGAAACGUGUGAUGUCAGACAAGACUGGAAGCCUUCAUUCCUCGGCAACGAGGAGUUCACGCAGCUCAUGCUAGAGGCGCUAGAUGGUUUCUUGGUAGCAUUAACUACGGAUGGAAACAUCAUAUACGUGUCGGACAGUGUGUCUUCCCUUAUUGGACAUUUGCCGUCAGAUAUGGUGGACCAAAAUAUCUUAAAUUUCCUCCCGGAGCGGGAACACGGGGAGGUGUACAAGCUGCUAUCAUCCCAUAUGCUGAUGACUGACCCCAUUGCUGCUGACUUCUUGGCCAGUGAUUCACAUGUAGAAUUUUGCUGUCACCUAGCCAGAGGGAACAUUGAUCCAAAGGAGCCGCCUGUGUACGAGUAUGUCAAGUUUGUUGGUGAUUUCAAAUUUCAUAACAACGUGCCUACAUCCUCUUGUAAUGGGGUUGAAUUGACGUUACCAAGAAGCCUACAAUCAUCGCUGGAGGAGCAGGUCUGCCUCAUUGCUACUGUUCGAUUAGUCACCCCGCAGUUUGUCAAGGAUUUAUGUAACGCGGAUGAUCCUUGUGAUGAAUUCACAUCGCGGCACAGCCUUGAAUGGAAGUUCCUGUUUCUAGAUCACAGAGCUUCUCCAAUCAUUGGAUAUUUACCCUUUGAGGUUCUAGGAACGUCUGGCUAUGAUUACUAUCACGUGGAUGACUUGGAGCUUAUAGCGCAAUGUCAUAAACAACUGAUGCAGUUUGGAAAAGGUAAAUCGUGCUACUAUCGCUUUCUGACAAAGGGUCAGCAGUGGAUUUGGUUGCGGACGCACUACUACAUCACGUAUCACCAGUGGAACUCCAAACCUGAGUUCAUCGUGUGUACUCACACUGUUGUCAGUUAUGCUGAAGUGCGAGCUGAAAGGAGGCGAGCGUUUGGCCUUGAGGAGCUAUCUCCACCUGAAAUUGCUCCCUCUUCUGUGAAGGCCCAGGAACUGUACUUGGACAUGUGCUGCACAUUGGACCCACCACAGGACAGAAACAGCGGUGCACGUUCAGUAUCCUCCCACAGCUCCCGGAAAUCCUCCCACACAGCCCUGUCAGAUUCUGCAUCAGCAACAAACUCGUACACAGAAACAUGCACGCCGUCAUGGCAGGCUGCGUCUAUCGGCUCCGAGAGAACGCCGGCCAGACAAGCUGGGAGUUCAAAGAAUUUGACCCAAAGACAAAAUUCCUUUGACCUGGUCCCCCAAAUGAGCCUCCCUGUUUCCCCUCCCUGCAGCAAGCACUCAGUGAUGCAGCAGCAGCGGUCACCGUCAUCAUCUGUGUUCCAACUGCAGCAGCCUCAGCUUGGUGUCAUGAACCAGCUGAAGGAGCAAUUGGAGGAGCGGACACGCAUCCUGCAGGCUGACAUUAAGACGCAGCAGCAGGAGCUCCACGACAUCAAGGAGAAGCUUCACCUUGCUAAUCUUCAGAUGUUGCUACAGCAGCCUGUCCACAAUGAAUUUGGCCAACAUCCCCAGCAGCAGGGCCCAGGCAGGCCCAGCUCGCAGAGCCAAUCAGGCGUCAUCAGGCAGCUCCCAAGCCACCCGAAAGCACCCUCAUGCGGGGCUAACAGUUCGUCCCCUCAUUCGCUGCUGAGGGAGAACAGCUCUCCCUCAUCAACACAAAAGAUCUCGCGGAGCGGCCAGGUGCAGUCAGUGAGUUUGCCGAUGCAGACCAACACGAGUCUGACCAUGCCCUUCUAUAGCAACCCCAUGAUGUUCUCUCAGACCAACACCAGGCCUCUACACGAUCCAAACCAAAGACAGACGGACAGCAGCGAGUUUAACCAAGAUGGACAACUUCGCAGCAUGCUCCUCAACCAGCCAAUGCAGACACUGGUUCCCACCAGCAGCGGGUCCUCGCAGCCUUCCCAGCAGUGCAACAUGGGCAUUCCCCAGACCCUAUACACCUUGGAUCAGCAGAUCAUCACGCCUUCGUUCUCCAUGCAACAGGUCAACUGCAACGCCGUGCUCGUGCCCUCUCAGGUCUUCACGUCGCCCAUCAUGAUCCCGCACAACAGUUUCAUCUCCCACCAGUCGCAGUCAAGCUACCAGGCUCAGCCUCAAGCCUCACAUCACUCCCUACAGCUGCAGCAGCCUCAGCAGUUUUUUCAGAUGACUCAAGGACUUGUGCACAACGGGUCGACUCCAACGUUCUUACACACCGCCAACCUCCAGCAACAAAGCACCGUGGGAUACAUCCAGCAGCCGUCGCAAUCACAGCAGCAACAGCCGCAACAAAGACAAUACCAACUUUCCCAAAACCAGAAUGCGAACGUUUCUGACUUCAGAAAUAUGCUAACGCGGUAGCAUUGUGGAAACUGGUAUCCAACUCUGCAGCAAAACUGACCGGAGCGGCCAGAACAUUCAAUGUGAAGCCGCUGCUUCACAGGACGACGAUGUGUUGAAGUUGAACAACAGUAAGAUGCAGCACGGAGCAGACGUGACUAAAGAAUGUGGUGAUGAGAGGCGGGGCCUUUCAUCACCAGCCUGCGACAGGCUGAGUUGUCAUCGAAACAAAUGGAUUCAUCGCAGCUCUCAUGAGGACGCCACUUUCAUUUCGCACUUUGGUACCACACCCCACCCAGAAGUAGAAUAUUUAUUUUUGUUUCUAAAGUUAAUAUUAAAUGUUCCCACUAAAUAAUGGCUUCACAGUGAGAUUAUUUUCCUUCGCAAACCUCCGCAGUAAUAUCAGUUCUAACUCCCCUGGGAAAAAAAGGGAUUAGUGGGAAUCGCAAAAGUCAACAUCAACCACUAAACUUGCUGCUAUGCAAGUGUAGCGUCUACAGGGGCUUCAGUGUGAAAUAUCAUUAUCUUUUUUUUUUGGCUACACCGAAAUACCUGAAAGUAUGUUCGUGGUCUUUAAUGGAAAGCUCAAUCUGCAAAAUGAAGGGCUGCUUCAACACCUGUCACUGAAAUGAAGAACUGAGUUCUAAUACGCCCUGCAGCACCACUGUUGACUGACUUGUGAGUGGAGGUGGAGGAGGUUUAUUGUGCCUUUAUCCAUGCUACUACUGCUACUACUACUACCAUGGUGCAGUUCCAUUGUUGUCUGAUUACGGCUUUAAAAAUCCUGCUCAGGUACAUUUGGAAUACAAAGUUUAUAUUUUCAUAGAUAGUAAUUUAUUUUUUCCCCACCAACAUUUGAUCAAAAACAGGGGAGAUUUACAUUUAUUUUGGAGAUUGAAAGAAAAAGAGAAAUAUAUAUAUGUAUAAAUACUGGAUGCCUUUGCAACCUUAACUUUAAAGAUUUAACCCUUUUUUGCGAAGUCUGUCACACUCAGUCAUUUAUUUGAUGAAACCCUGAUUACAUUUGUUUGAAAUUAUGUCAUGAGAUUUAGAUGAAUUGUCUAUGUUCAUGCAGUCAUUGAAGGGUCACCACUGGUCUUAACUUCUUGCGCCACCUCACUGAAUUAAAUGAAUGAUAUCUGGGGACAAUUACAGAUGAAUAGACUGAGACUGGAUACUGUCCAAAUAUGUCCAGUAUUGCUUGGAUUUGGCUCAUUAAAUAUUAUGUGGUGGUCUA